UUUUCCCUUUCUUUUGAGUGCAGGCCAGGCUUCCGGCCGAGUUCGUCGAUUAGAAAAUCACAGUGGUACUCGGCCGAUCAGAAAAUCACAGUGGAGAGAGAGAGAGAGAGAGAGAGAGAGAGAGAGGCGUGAAUGGAGGAUCCCUAUUGGAGAUACGGUGCUUCUGCAGACAGAGCAGGCAGCAUCUCAAGGUCAAGUUUUCCUGGCUAUUUGUCAUCUGAACCAUCGGCAUUAACAUCUCAUCAUCUGUCGUUAACACCACAUCCUGGGGCUUAUGGGUUAGAUGAUAUUACGGGUAAUGGAAUGGGGGCUGAACCUGGUCUUAGUGGAUUAACAGCAGGAGCAAGCAUUAGAGGCUACCCUCCUCUACAAGAUCCAGUUUUACUUGGCCAAAGACCCGAUCUUGCUGUAGGCAUUGGUUCAGGCAUCCCAGAUUUGAUUAAUGGAAGGCCUGGCUCUUUGGCAAGGGUUGAUGGUAUUCCAGUCCCAGCAAGGGAAUCUAACAUUUUGUUUGUUGAUGGUCUUCCAAGUGACUCUUCGAGGAGAGAAGUUGGUCAUCUUUUUCGUCCAUUUAUUGGCUUUAAGGACAUCAGAGUUGUUCACAAGGAACCCAGACGUGAACCUCCUAUCAGGGUGGUGAAUGCACCUCAGAACGUCCCUUCUGUGCUCCCAAGUCUUACUUUCCUUGCAACCUCACUCCCUUCGAGAAAAGAAUCCGCUCCCAACUAGGAUUGAACCUCUUAGGCUUAAAAGUCCCAAAGAAACAAAAGUAAACAUGCCGAGCAAGAGAAGAUACGACAUAAUGAUUAACAUAUUGAAAAUUUGUAACUCAAUUUUGCUCUAGUACUUACUAUAGACCUAAUAUUUAUAUGCAGUUGAUACGAAUUAUGAAUUUUUAUAUUUUCUACAUAUUUAGUUGUAUAAAUUAUUUCUAAAGGCUACAUCAAGAAUCAGAAUUCCAGAAAGGAUUGUGAGGAUCAUGUGCAUCACCGUCUCUGUUUUAGAUGUAUAUGGUUGUAAUACUUGGCUCCAUCAUGUUGAGGGAGUAGGCUUUUCUUGUAUUGAUGAGGAAGGAAUCACAAAAAUGCAUCAUUCUGUUUCCAUUCUUGGGCCCGAGGCAGAAUGCAUUGGGUGCUGUCAGAGUGCAAAGGUAAGUGGGAGAAAGAAUUCUAACAGGAGUAU